AUGGCUGCUAGUCCUUUUCUGCUUCACCGCCUUCGCCUCCGUAGCUUCCAAGGCCUCACCCUGGCGCCGCCUCACGGCCACCGUCUGUGGGGAAGUGCCACGUCAUCUCCGGAAGAAGGGACCCGCACCGAUUACUCCGACGUCGAGGUGGAUGAUCCCGAAUGGAAGGACACAGAAGAGAAGAUCGUGAGGGACAUUGAACCGAUCUUUACGCUAACCAGACAAAUUCUCCACUCACCAAGGUACAAGAACGGGGAGCUAUUGACUAUGGAGGAUGAAAGAGCCAUAGCAGAGAACGUUCUUAUUUAUCAUCCAGAUUAUGAAGAUAAAAUCGGGAGUGGUUUGGACGGCAUUAUGGUCAUGAAACACAUUGUGUGCAGAGCAGAGCAAUUGGGUGAAGAGCUUAACUGGAAAAGGCCUUGCUUGGUUGGCACUGUACUGGAGAGUAGUGAGUUGAAGGGCUUUCAAAAGAUAUAUGGCCCCACCUGGGGUAUAAGUGUAAAGGUUGAUCGUCAUCCUCUAUAUAUAUUCCCAAGGUGCCUUUUUGUGGUAAGAACCGAUGGUAGCUGGAUCGACUUCUCCUAUCGGACAAAUGAGGGUCAAAAGGGUCUGACUCAGCUGGGGCCUGGUGCAGGUUGUCCAACUAGGUUCAGUGUUACAUUGCACAAGUCAAAACUUGGGGAGAAAUUCGACCUGGAUGUAGUACAAAAGAACCGUCUGAAAAGCGAUGGUCCAACUAUUGGUUCUUCAGCUCACGAUAAGUUUCAGAAAUUGCUUUGCAUAACUAAUUGUACCCUAGCCUGUUCUACUAGAUUCACAAAAAGUUCUGCCUCUAGAUACCAGGAGCGUGUUAGAUUUAGAAAAUCUUGGGGGACUGAGAUUGAUCAAAAUUAUGGGACGGCCGAUUGGUAG